GUACAUGCAUAUAUGCAGUAAAUUCGUACGGUAUAUAGUAUAUACGGCGCUGCUACAAGUUUUCAAUCAUGGCCAACAAUCCACCAGCGGAGACUGACCUCGCCAAGAAAAAGAAUUUCCGUAAAAAUAAUGACGACCCUUUGGUUCUUCCGAAGAGUGCAGCAGAUAAACAGCGUAUGCAGAUCGAAAAGCUGAUGAGAAAUCCAGAGAAACCAGUGUUCAUCCCAGAUGCAAAGAAGCAAUGGACACCGAGAGCUCCUGCUGAGUUUGUCAGAGAUGUCAUGGGAUCUAGUGCUGGAGCUGGGAGUGGAGAGUUUCAUGUUUACCGUGGAUACCGUCGUCGUGAGAACGCCAGACAAGCUUUUAUCCAGAACAAGGCAGAAAAGGAUGGACAGGAUCGUGAAUACCAUGAGAAGUUAGAAGAAAAUCAGAAACAAGCUGAUCAGAAGACUGCCAAGAAACGUGCCAAAAGCUUCUGCAGUAAGAAGACACCAUACACCAUGUCCCCUGUGCAUAGACGUCAGGCUUUAAGCAUAGAAACAAAGAUGGACAUUCUUGAUGCUGUUGAGCGUGGUCAAAGAAAAACUGACGUUGCCAGAGAGUACAACCUUCCUUCCAGCACACUGUCAUCAAUCUUAAAGAACAAAGAGAAGAUCAAAGAACACUUUGAUUCUUCAAAGAUCAGACCGUCAAGGAAAAGAAUUCGCUUAACAGACCUUGAGGACUUGGAAGAAGCUGUGGUUAGAUGGGUAAAUGAUAGGAGAUCCAAGAACUUAAAAUGCACUGGUCCCCUCAUUCGAAAGAAGGCUCUCCUCCUUGCCAUAACGCAGGGCCGCCAUGACUUUGUAGCCAGUACCGGGUGGUUAAAUCGGUUUAAAGAAAGGAAUUCAAUCAAACUAUUGCCCCAGAAUGAAGUAUGGAUGGAUGAUGCUUUGCCAAAUAAACUUGGAAAAUACAAGGCUAGAGAUAUCUUCAGUGCAGAUGAAACAAGCAUUUUUUAUCCCACGGUACAGAAUAGAAUAAUAAUGAUCAAAGGCAAACAAUAUCUUGGAGCAAAGCAAGACAUGGAGCAAUUAUCUGUUGUGGUCUGUGCCAAUAUGGAUGGUAGUGAAAAGCCAAAGCCUUUAGUGAUUCAGAACCCAAGGGACCCUUCCUCAUUUCAUUUUUCACCAGAUCAUCAGGUGAACAAAAAGGUGUGGACCGAGACAGAUGUGUUUAUUUCAUGGGUGAAAAAGCUUGACAAUAUAUUUUCUGCUUGCGGCCGCAAAAUACUCCUGUUCAUAAAUGAUUGUUCUACCCGUCCCCAUAUCCCAGAUCUUCAGUCUAUCAAGUUUGAAUUCAUCCAAUCCAAGAAGACUCUUAAUCCUAAUCCGAUGGGCCAGGGGGUAAUAACAAACUUCAAAAAACACUAUGACCGACGACUGGUCAGUUACCGUGAUACCCUUGAGUGUGGAGAGUCAUCGGCAUCAUUCUCUGUGAAAGAUGCUACUGAUAUGAUAUAUUGGGCCUGGCAGCAAGUUACUUCAAAUUGCAUCAUUCAAAGUUUUGAGAAGGCACAUUUCUUGGUUGGUGCCAUCGACUCUAGCCUGAUCGACUCUGAUGUUGACAAAGAAGUUGAUAUUGAAGGGGUCCCUGGCCCUUCUUGUCGUUCAGACAAUAUCCAUGAGAGGAUGAAAAUGGGAUGUGAAAUGUCUAACAUAUCUCCAAACAAAGAUGACGAAACAUUGAACGAAGAGAAGGACCAGACGUGUCUCGAGAAGAUUAUGCAGUCUUCAAUAUUUAGUGUGUUCACCCCGGCAAACGAAUAUCUGUUGUGUACUGCUGCUUCAUCUGAUGAAGAACUUGUGAAAGUUGAAGAUAUUGUUUCUGAUAGUUCUGACAAUGAAGAGGCAUCAGAUGUCACAGUUCUAUCACCCCCACCUUCAUUCUCUGAGGUCAUAAACUGCUUGCAACGUGUGAAAGAGUUUCUUUAUAGCAAACAAGAGUCAAGUGACGAACAUUAUGAUGCUGUUACAUGCUUGGAAAAACACAUCUUGAAAUACAGAGACAGUAGUACCCCUGUUCAGAAUAAGGUUAAAGCAUAAACAAAAAUUGCAAGCGAAGAAGAAAAAGGAAGAAAAAGCCAAAAGAAGAGCAGAAGAGGGCAAGGAGGGGAGUGAAGACGAAAGCGAUGAAAGUGCGAGCGAAAGUGACAAGGAAGGAAAGGAAGAUGAUGCAGAGGAUAACUGCUUUGUGAUUGGAGGAAAAUGAGAGGAAGGAAUCCUGUUGCUGUAUGCUCAUAGGUGAUAUGUUAAAGACUGAUAUAUGAAAGAUCCACUGCAUUGAGAUACAACCAACAAUCGUAUUAAAGUUUGCUCUGAAUACUGUGCUACACAGAUCAAAACUUGAUGAGUCACUGCAAAGGCUUUAAAGGUGAUGCUAUUGAAUUAGCAGUUGAACAUACUGAUGAAGGAGAGAUUGACCAUAUUGAGAUACAACCAUUGAUCUGAUGCCUGUGCAGAUACCUGUUGUUGGUCUAGGGAGGUCCAAAGUUGAUAUAGACUUAUGGGACUGAGCAGUUGAACACCCCCUGUAUAAUGGAAGAUGGAUUGAUGAGCAAAAUAUCCACCAUAUUGAAAUACAAUCAACAAGUUGAUGUUUGACUGUAUCUACUGUUCGGCAAAGGGCAGUAAAACCUGACAAAGGGCUGCAGUUCUGGUAUUAUAUGGUGCUAUGAACUGAGCACUUGAAAGUGAAAUUUGACUAGCGAUGUCUGGUGUGAUUAAGUGUAUAGAUGAAAGUGAAAGGCGAGGUUGAAUACUGAAUUCUGUCUGCUGGACCGAAAAUCUCAGGGGAAAUCUGCAAACUACAUUGGUAAUCUGCAACUUGAUAAUGUCAAUAGGGAACUGUUCCUUUGUUAGAGGAUGUAUUUUGUUCUGAAAAGAAAAUACUGCAAUCUGCAAAAUUAAAUUGUAUUAUCUCAUAUUCAGGUGUGCAGUAUAUUCCAUUAUCAUCUAUAUUAAGUGCUCUAGCGAUGCAGCAAAAACAUGUAUUUUGGUCUGCAUCAAUUGCCCGUGCAGUAUCAGAGCAUAUCCCUAAAAAGGACCGAAAUCCGACGAAUAUCCCAUAGGCUCCUGUACAAAAUUUGCUGUUGAAUAUUAGAGCAUAUUCAACAGUUUCAUGUGCAUGCGCGAAUGCAUGAAAUAUACAACGCGUACAACAAUGAAAGCAAUGCGAUGCACAACAUAGAGCACAAUUAUGCUUGAUGACGUCAUAACGAGCUACAUGCAAGUCGCAUGUCGACGACCAAAAUUGAUCCUAUGAAGUGAUGAUGGCAUAAUGUGAUAAGUGAUCUAUGACUUGUUCAAUCGAAUUGCUCCCUCUUUUUUUUUUGGGGGGGGGUGGAAUAGAUGAUAAUAAUUAUAUUGGAUGGCUUUAUAUCAUGAAAUACCAGAAAUAUUCCACUCAUCUGCGAUUCGGGGAAUAUUUACCCAAACUCUUGGAAUAUUUUUGGUAUUCUAUUCUGAGCCACCCAAUAUAAUAUGAUUAAAGAGAUCACCAUAGAAUCAUAUAUGCACAUCAUUUUUAUGGGGUAUGCACAAAAAUGAUAAACAUCCCAUGUAUAAUGAUAAUAUGUAUGGAAAGACUGAUAUUUUCACUUGAAGUGUAUGAUUUUUUGAUGGCAUUAUUUUUUACCAUUAUCUGUGGCUUAUACAAAAAAAGAACCUAUGUGUUAAUUUUAAAAUACUGGUAUUAUAAAAUUAAGAAAGACAUGUUAUGCAGAAGAGAUCAUGAUUCCACUUUUAGUGUAGCUAUUGAGGGGUGGUCAGGGGCUGUGUACGAAUAAUCCUCGCAUGUUAAUCUAUCGGGUUGACGGUAGUACUUGCGGUAAGUCUCGGGUGAGCUGUUUCCACAAGGGGUUAAUGAUGUAAUGCUUCAGCAGAUAUGCAGUAGCUUGUUUGUUUGUGUAAUUAUAUAUGAAGGAGUGUCUUACAGAACUAUGUAGUUGCCUACCUGAAAAGUAUACUGCAGUGUCAGUGGUAGAUGGUUGUAAGUAUGAAGUAUUUCAUGCUGAGAGCCAAGAGGGUGUUAGCUGGUUGCAUUGCUCCCGAGUUAUGAGUUAGUGUCCUGGAUGUUUGCAAACAUAGUCGACAUGUUAAGAAUACUUGUGUGUGUAUAAUAUCAUUAGCUUGAGGUACCUUUAGAGCAAUGCUUUAUAGAAACUUUUACCUACCUACAAGUUCAAGCUAUUAUGCAGAGUUCCCUGUUAAAUUGAGACAUAUCUUGAGAUAUAUGUGAAUUCAAGAAAUAAUCGUGUCAAUUUUGUUAUAUAUUGUACAGUAUACAAAUAAUGAAUGUUUAUGAGUGCAAUGGACAGAAUACUUCAUGAGGUGAAAGAUGACAUGAUCCAUUCAUUAUUUCAUCUUUCACCGAAUGAAGUAUUCUGUCCAUUGCACGAAUGAAAAAACAUUCAUUAUUUGGUUUAUAUGACACCUAAAUUUUUUUAUUCAUAUGAAAUUUAUGAAUUUCAAUGCAGAACACGCUCAUGCAGUGCGAGUUCGGUCUGUUGAUUGUAACGUCAUUACAAUAUGCGCACUGCUGGUGCCUGCAGCUGCAGUCUCGGUGCGUGCAAUGGACAAAAUCGUAUGGAUCCAAAAUUGCACGAUGAAUGGAUCUAAAAUUGCACGGUUGAUGACGUCAUUGCAAAAUGGGCUGAAUGAACGAUAUCAAACAAACCAAUCAAAUCACAAGGAUCUAUGUAUCUAGGUGUCAUAUAAUAUGAUUUAUGAUGGAUGCACUGUAUUGCCCAAAGAUGAUAUUUCCAUAAGAUUUUUUUAAAGAAUGCCUGUAACUGUAGAAAUGCAGUUGAUUAUUCUAGAAUGCAUUACAUUGUAUUUUAAUGACUAUGCCCUAUGUGCAACUUUUAUGACAACAGAAAUCGAAGGCAAAAUUUACUUGCAUGUAUAUGAUGUAAAUAACACACGUUUGCAUAUUCUGGCCUGAAAAAAUACUUUGAUAAGCGAUUGUUUAAUUCAUGGAAGGUUGAUUUGAGCAGUCUAUUACCUGUUUUUUCCAUUUAAUGAUUGUUGACUAGAAAGAAAUUCUUUGACAGGCUGAAUAUAUUGUAGAUUUCUUAAUAAAUGAUUUUAUACGA